AAAACUUCUUUUCCCAGAGGUCAUUUCGCGAGGUCCGGCGGAAGUGGGCGGAGCUUCCAUCUGCUUUCUGACAGACACUUUCAGGAAGUGCUCGAGGAGGAUCAUCAGUGUCGUCCAUCAGCAGCAGCAGCAGCAGCGGACGCAUCACUGCGUGCUGUCAGUUGCUGAAAUCGAUUUCCGGCAGACGCCUGCGGCUGGCGAGCAGGAAGACGAGACGACUGUAAGACACACAGGAAGAGAGAAAAGAAAGUCAGAGAAGGAAGUCAACGCAGCAGGAACAUGACCGAGUUCUGGGUGUGUUUCAGUUGCUGCAUCGCCGAGCAGCCGCAGCCUAAGCGGAGGCGGAGAAUAGAUCGCUCCAUGAUCGGAGAACCCACAAACUUUGUUCACAUGACCCAUGUGGGUUCAGGGGAAAUGGGUUCGGGGCUGUCAGCCGUGGACUCUGUGCAAAAUCAAAUGAAAUCUAAAGGUGGUUAUGGGAACGGCACAGCGGAGAGCGUACAAGGCUGACGUCAGUAACCCGUAUAGGAGCAUCUGAAGCACAUCACAGACACUGGAGGUCAGAGGUCACUGCAUUGGCAUCUGGACGAUUGUAGAUAUUUUUUGUAAUGAAAGCACUGCUAUUCUUUUACUGCUGUGUUCAUUGGUCUGUACAAUAAGAUCUUUAACGGUAGAGAUUAUCCAUCAGAAUACAUGAUUGUUUGUGUAAGGGAUCAAUUCUGAUGAUAUAUUUUCCAUGAAUCUGUAUUUAUUUUCAUGGUUUAUUGGUGGCUGGCCACACAACAUCUCACACAAAUUCAGAUACCCCAAACGCUCUAGAGCUGUUCUUAGAUCUGUCACAAUGGCUUUUUUGUUAUGUUUUGAACUUUUCAAAUAUUCCCUGGGUCAUGGAAUAUUCUUUUUUUAUCUUUUAAAUGUGCUGUUUUCGCUGUAAACUUGAAAUGUGCAGUUCACUGUAAUAUUUGUGUGAUGCUCGUGUAAUGUGAUGCAUUGACAGGAAGUAUUUUUGUACAAAUCAUGUUCAUUUUCAUUCUGAUGCCUAAAUAAAAUAACAACCUCGCAA